CCGUCCAAAUCUGGCAAACAUUAACGUAGCUCGCUCCCUCUCCAACACGGCCCAGGCAGCUAUGGCGGCGGCGGCGAUACUGGACCUUGAUCCGACGCACGAGCGAGCCGGCCGCGUCCUCGAGGACAUCGUGCGUCUGGAGCAGAUGAUCUUCCCGGAGCACGCGUCGCCGGCGCGGUCCCUCCGCGACGAGCUGAAGCGCCGGAACUUCGGCCUGGUCUACUCGACGCCCGGCGCCGGCGGCGAGGAGGUCGCCGGGUACGCCGUGUACACCUGCAACACCUCCCUCUGCGCCACCAUCAUAGAGCUCGCCGUGAGGGAGAGCUGCAGACGGCAGGGCCACGGCGAGGCUCUGCUGCGGGCGGCCGUGGAGCGGUGCCGAGGGAGGAGGGUACAGCGGGUGAUCCUCCACGUCGACCCGGCGAGGACGGCCGCGGUGGCGCUGUACCGGAAGGCCGGGUUCCAGGUCGACGCCACCGUCGAGGGCUACUACGCGCCGCAGAGGGACGCCUACCGGAUGUUCAUGGAUCUCCAGUGAUGAAGAGACGAGCAAGAAAAAGGCAUCGCCCGUAGUCGUCAGAGAAUUGAGUUCGAUCAGUGGCAAUGAUGCUCCUCAGUCCUCACAAUGUCAAUAAAAUGCCCUGAUGAAUUCUGAUUCUGUGAAUGCUUUUAUCGAUGAUUCCCUAGUUCCAAAUCGCAAGAUGUGUACAAACGAUCCAUUCAGUUCAGAGGAUUUCACAAGAAAUUCAUAAAAUCCUCGCUUGGUUCUGGAAGACAUCUCAACAUUUCAGUUGAAAUUCAGACAAA